AUGGCUCACCCCCACCCCCUCGCGUCUCUCCCCCCGGGACACUUCCUCGCUCUUCCUCCGACCUUCUCCAACGACCCCGGAACGUCUAUCACCACCGCCUCGCACGCUGCCCCCUCCGCGCCCAACGUCGCCUCGCUCGCUGCCGCCGACUUCGAUGUCGACGUCCGUACUGGUUUCCUUCCCCCGAAGGCCAACAUCGAGCGCCUGCCGCCGCCCUAUGACGUGUGGGAGGACGCAUUCGAGGCUGCUCAUGGUGACCAGCCCGGAGACGGUGUCCGGCUAGGUGGUGGCCGCCCUAAGGAUGAGGCUUGGCGGGAAGGUGUCCGCGCCAUGCCCGUCCUCGACAUUGCUGGUCUCAACGACCUUCCUCUCCUCCGUCGCGCGCACCUCGUACUCGCCUUCCUCCUCCACUUCUACGUGCACACGACCCCUACCGAGGGUGAGAAGCCGACAGAGGUCCCCGCUUGUAUCUCUGUCCCCAUCCUGAAGAUCUCGCCUCUUGUUGGUCUUCCGCCCGUCCUUACCUACGCCGACACCGUACUCUGGAACGUCCAGGGCACCGACUCGUCGCGACUCAUCAACCUCGCCGACAACCCGCCGACGCGCACCCUGGGAACGUUCACGGGCACCAAGUCCGAGGCCGGUUUCUACACUGUCUCGGCCGAGUGCGAGGCCGCCGGCGCCGCCGCACUUGCUCUCAUGCGCCAGUGUCUCGACGAGCUCUUCCUCGCCGACGAGGUCGCUCUUCGUCGUCUCACUGUCUACCUUCGCCAGCUCGCUGUCCAGAUCGACCGCGUUGGUGACAUUACCCUGAAGAUGAUGACCGAGGUUGAUCCCGAAGAGUUCUACCACCUCAUCCGACCAUGGUUCCGGGGCGGUGAUGGCAGCGGACCGGACGCCCCAGGAUGGCUCUUCCUGGGAACUAGUGGGGAUGACUCGCUUGGAGAGGCUGAGAACAUGCUUUCUGCCUCCACUUACACUACCGAGGACGGAGAGGAGGUCCGGGGACGGAAGUUCUCGGGUCCGAGCGCGGGACAAAGCUCUGUUGUUCACGCCUUCGACGUCUUCCUCACUGUCGACCACGCUCCUCGCGCCGACGAGGACAGCGAGUCGAUCGCCGUUGCCGGUGGAACUGAGUCGCCCCGCAUCAUCCUCAACAGCUCACCCCUGGUUCAGCACCACCACCACGACGACGAGGAUGACGCGCCCCUCGCUACUCCCACUGAGCAGUCUGGCGGCCCCGUGGAGGCCACAUUCCUCCAGCGCAUGCUGCAGUACAUGCCCCUUCCCCACCGCACCUUCCUCCUCCACCUCGCCGCGCACCCGACCCCGCUGCGCCCGCUCGUCAUCGCUCGUGCGAACACGCACCCUGAGCUCGCCGAGGCGUACAACGAGGCGCUCGCCGCCCUCCGCCGUUUCCGCGACAAGCACAUGCGUGUUGUCUCUCGCCACAUCGUUCAGCAGGCCCGCCGCCCGCCGAGCGAGCGCAUCCUCAAGCUCCUCGGACGCGAGGGCGAGGUCGCCGAGAAGCAGGAGGACGUCAGCGACGACCAGCUCCGCGGCACCGGCGGCACUCCCCUAAUCCGCUUCCUGAAGCGCUGCAGGGACAACGUGUCGCGCGCCAUGGUCAAGGACGCGUAA